UGCGCUUUUAGUAAUCACGCGCCAUGUUCCUUUCUCAAUCAAAAUAUUAUCGCCAAGACACAAGUUCGGAUAACAUUCUAUACGUGUAGCUACGGAUGGUUUCUCUGUUCGAUUUUCUUGUCAGUGUCCGUAAUGAUGUCGUUGGAAUAUAAAUCCGACAUAUCUGUACAGAUUUUCUCAUAUUCCUAACAUUUGAGUUUCCUGAAUUACGUCCCUUCGAAAUAGUAAAUAACAGAAUCUGUAAAUAUGUCAGAAGUUGAAGCUCCUAAAGUCCGGUCACAGCCAUCCUGUCAACAGUCUUAUAUAAGAUUUAUGAACUGUACUGAAAGAGAAGUUGAUAUAGUUUGGUUGAACUAUGAGGGUGUCAGUGUCCAUUAUAAAACUUUGUCAUCCCAGCAUUGGGUUGAUGUGAACACCUUUGUCGGACAUCCAUGGAUUUUUCGGGAUACAAAUACGGGUGACAAAUUAGUAGUCCAGUUGAAGGAGGUAUAUGAACCAGUGGCUCACUGCUACCAACGUGAUGGCACUUCUCGCAGAGUUGUUAACAUUGUAAUACCAGUUUACAACCUAAAAGAAUGCUGCCUGCAAAAAUUAAGGGCCAUCAUUCCAUGUAAUCAAAUUGAUGAUUUGGAACUACCAAAAAGCCUAAUAGGGGAACUGAAAAAGUAUUUCCACAAGAGCUCAUAUCUUGGCAAACCUGUUUCCGUAUCUAAGAGUUGAGGUAUACCAGUACAACAGUAUGGUUGGUUUGUGAUAAAACCUUGCUAAUUGUGUAUAUGCACAUUACUAGACAUGGAUCAAUAAGUUCAUUUUGUCUAUCGUGUAUGUGUGCGUGCAUGUGCUUAUAUGUAUAUAUGUACACCUCCUCAACUUCAACCUAUGCAACUUACGACCAUCUGCACUUAUGACCAC